UUGGUUGAGGCAGCGACGACAUUUGCCUCGGUGUGAGGGGGAAAGCGAGAUGGCGGAUGCGCCGCCCGGGGUGGAUGUGCCCGAACUGGGGUCGUGGAGCAUCGCGGAACUCCAGGCCAAGCUCAACGAGAUCGGCUUCUCCGCGCAAGGUGUGCGGGAAGAACUUAUCGAACGCCUGCAGAACUACAGUUUACAGACUGGAACGAUCCUGAACCGUCCCGUGCGUAAAGAUGAGCUGGACAAGGGGCACCCGAUGCCCCCGAUGCCUGCGCAGAUGGCCGGGAUGCAGAUGCCCCCACGCUCAAUGGGAAUGUCCCGCAUGCCCCACCCUCCCGGAAUGCAGAUGGGCUUCCCCAUGGGGGUGGUGCCACCAGGCAUGGGCCCUCGCAUGCACAUGCCGGCCGUGGACCCCUCUGCCCUCUCCGAGGAUGAGCGACUGAAGCUGGCACAGCAACAAGCCGCCAUCCUGAUCCAGCAAGAGGAGCGAGCCAAGGGUGGCGAGCGGAUAUUUGGCGAUCAGGUGAAGGAUCAGGAGCUGCUUGAGCAACAGAAGCGGGCAGCAGCAUUAUUGGAGCAUGAACGGAAACAGCAGGAGAUGAUGCAGCAAGGUCCACCGGGACCCCGGCCCUUGGAGGUCGGGCCUCGGCCGCUGGGACCUCGAGGCAAUGGACCUGUGCCCUUGCCUCUCUCCGUGGCUGUGCGUCCAGUACCCCCGGGGACUCCCACCACACUGGCUGGGACAGGGCUGGGUCCACGCCUGCGAGGACCUCCCCCACCGCCUGGAGAAGAGAACAGAGAGGGUGAUGACAUGGGCCCUGGACCAAGGAUUCCCCAAGUGCUUGAGAAGAUCCUUCAGCUCAAGGAGCAGCGCCAGGUGGAACUGACGGCGACAUCAGAAGCAUCCGACGAGGUGGAUGCAGCAGUCGGAGCCACUCUAACCCCAGCCGACACGGAAGAUGAAGAGCUUACAUCGUCACUGUCGAAGAAAGAGAAAAAUCGGAAACGCAGAAACAGAAAGAAGAAAAAGAAGACAGGACGGAGUGAGGAGAACGGGGUUCAGAAGAAGCCGGAGAAGGUGGAAGUGAUGGACACAGGCACAGAUGUCGAGGUGGAGUACGUAACUGAGGAGCCCGAAGUCUUUGAUGCCAACUUCAUCUACUUCAAGAGGAUAUUCGAGUCCUUCAGGCUGACAGAUGACGUGAAGAAAGACAAGGACAAAGAGCCAGACAGAACUGAUAAGCUGGAGUCCACGGUGGUGCUGAAAAAGAAGGGUUUUGAAACGGAGCAGAAGGGGAGCAGUGAUGAUGAGGAAGAGGCGGACAGUGACGAUGAUGUGGUGAAGAAGGACGAGCUCCCCAAGCUGUCUAAGAAGAAGCUGCGGAGGUUGAAUCGCUUGAGCGUGGCUGAGCUGAAGCAGCUGGUGGCUAGACCUGACGUGGUGGAGAUGCACGAUGUCACAGCGCACGACCCGAAGCUGCUCGUCCACCUGAAGGCCACCCGCAACUCGGUGCCCGUACCCCGGCACUGGUGCUUCAAGCGCAAGUAUCUGCAGGGCAAGCGGGGUAUCGAGAAACCCCCAUUCGAGCUGCCAGAGUUCAUCCGACGCACUGGCAUCCAGGAGAUGCGAGAAGCAUUGCAAGAGAAGGAGGAGCAGAAGACCAUGAAGACCAAGAUGAGGGAGAAGGUGCGCCCGAAAAUGGGCAAAAUAGACAUCGACUACCAGAAGCUGCACGAUGCCUUCUUCAAGUGGCAGACCAAGCCCAAACUGACCAUCCAUGGAGACCUGUAUUACGAGGGAAAAGAGUUUGAGACCCGGCUCAAGGAGAAGAAGCCAGGAGACCUGUCGGAUGAGCUGCGACUAGCUCUCGGAAUGCCGGUGGGAGCUAACUCGCACAAGGUCCCUCCGCCGUGGUUGAUUGCCAUGCAGAGAUAUGGCCCACCACCAUCGUACCCCAACCUCAAAAUUCCUGGUCUAAACUCUCCGAUCCCAGAGAGCUGCUCCUUCGGGUACCACGCUGGAGGCUGGGGGAAGCCACCGGUUGAUGAGACUGGAAAACCGUUGUACGGCGAUGUGUUUGGAACAAAUUCCCUGGAAUUUCAGGCAAAGACUGAGGAGGAGGAGCUGGAUCGGACACCUUGGGGGGAGCUGGAGCCUUCCGAUGAGGAAUCCUCUGAAGAAGAGGAGGAAGAGGACGAGAGCGACGAAGAUAAGCCAGAUGACACCGGGUUCAUCACACCGGCCGACAGUGGCCUGAUCACACCGGGAGGCUUCUCCUCUGUCCCAGCAGGAAUGGAAACCCCAGAGCUCAUUGAGCUGAGAAAGAAGAAGAUUGAGGAAGCCAUGGAUGGUGGAGAGACGCCCCAGCUGUACAUUCCAGUGCCGGAGAAGAGGGCAGCAACGAUCGGCGGCGCGAUGAUGGGGUCCACGCAUAUCUACGACAUGUCGGCGGUGAUGAGUCGGAAAGGUCCUGCCCCAGAGACCCAGGGCAUCGAGGUGGCCCUGGCCCCUGAGGAGCUGGAGCUCGACCCCAUGGCCAUGACCCAGAAGUACGAGGAGCGGGUUCGGGAACAGCAGGCACAGGUGGAGAAGGAGGACUUCAGCGACAUGGUGGCGGAGCACGCGGCCAAGCAGAAGCAAAAGAAGAGGAAGGCACAGCCAGCCGACAGCAGUCGUGGGACGAAGAAGUACAAGGAGUUUAAGUUCUAGUCGGGGCCAAGCUGCCAAAUUCACUCACCCCUCUGCCGUUCCUUUCCACUGAUCGCUGUUUCUCAUUGUAUUAAAGUUGUGACGUUUUUU